AUGGCGCCUACAGAAGCAGAACUCCUGGCUAAUUACCUUAUCCAACCUUCAACUCUGACCGCCAUCACAACACUUGAGCAGUUCAAGGCACUCUUCCCUCGGCCGCUACAAUCGUCACCGCAAGUUCGAUCUUUGUUUCGAGAUCUGCAAGCGCAGCGUGCAGACGUUCUGGACCAAGUUGCCGAAAACAUCGCCGAUGAAGCAAAACGAGGCCUUGCAAUGCGGCGGGAAGUCGUACGGGCCAAACGUGAGGCAGAACGGGAAGACAUAGACGCUGAAAUUGAAAUAGAGCGCGCGCUAUUUGGCGAUGCGUCAGGGGCAGCAAGUGCCAAGCAUACUCUUCAUUCUGCCAUCCCCGAGCUAGAGGGUGCAGUAGGCGCUCUGGAAGCCGAGAUUGAAAAGCUACAAGAGGAAGAGGCGGCACUGCUUGAGUCUGUGCAACAAACUGUAGGUGCACUGAGCGAUCUACGAUACGGCAAAUUCUCCAAUGGACAAAUAAGCGACGAAGUUAUCGACGGUCUCAAACACGUGGAAGCAGCUUGCGAGAACAAAUCAUAG